CGAAGGGGACAACUGGCUGGGUUGCAUUCCUCUAAUAAUACUUAUCUAACACUCUCCCCGGAUCACAGCCAUCCAUUUACCCUCAAUCGCAAUCCCUCAGGGAAGCUCCACCACAAUGCCCAAAGCCGGCGUGAAGCAAAAGACCCGCCAAAGGGUGAAAACGGCCGCGCGCUCGCCCUUCGAACCGGGCCAGCCGAUUCGCAAUGACGACGACAUCGACAUGGACGAUGAAACCAGCUCCGAUGAGUCGGAUGUGCCUGAGAAGGAUGACGCCGAGAGGAAGCUCGAGGCCAUGCUCUUCGGCGACGACGAGGGAUUUCUUGGCGCCCUGAAAAACCAGAAUGAGCGCAGUUUGGUGCUGGCGGAUAACAGCGACGAGGGGUCUGCGGACGAGGACGAUGAGAAUGAGGAGGACGCGCGCGACUUGGCGGAAUUGGAUGAUGCUGAUCUUUUCUUCCUUGAUUCGGGUGCUGGACCGGUUUCUACGGAACUUACUGAGGCGCCGGCGACGCCGUCUGAUGAGGAGGGAAGCGAUGAGGAGGCCGGUAUGCCGGCGCUGUGGCAUGAUAGCGAUGAUGAGCGCAUUUCGAUCUCGUUGGCGAGCCACCAGCGCCUGCGGAAGCUGCGCGUCGCUGAGUCGGAGGAUGUUAUCAGUGGCAAGGAGUAUAUCCGGCGACUUCGCAGACAGUUUGUGCAGUUGAACCCGAUGCCGGCUUGGGCGGACCCGGAGAAGAACCAGCCGAAGAACGACUCCGAUGCAGAGGCAAUGGAUACCGAUGAUGAGGAGGCGUCGUCCACACAGCCCCUGGCUAAGCUGCUCCAGAGCGCUACCGACCUCGUCAAGCUAGAGGACAAGACGGCACCAGGUGGCCGCAGAAAGCUGCGCCAGGAGGUUGUGGAUAUCCAUCGCCUCAAGGAUGUCGGCAAAGACCAGCCGUCAUCGGUCGACUCGCUCAUGUUCCACCCUCACUACCCGCUGCUGCUCUCCUCCGGACCUGCAGCCACGCUCUUCCUCCACCACAUCUCCCCCUCCUCCCCGGCUCCUAACCCUCUUCUCACCUCGUUCCACAUCCGCAACACCCCCAUCCACAGCUCGGCCUUCCACCUCCCCACAGGUAGCCGCAUCUUCGCAUCCGGCCGUCGGCGCUACUUCCACAUCUGGGACCUGGAGACCGGCAAGGUGGACAAGGUCAACGGCACCGCCGACCGCAAGGAGGAGCAGAAGUCCAUGGAGCGCUUCAAGCUGUCGCCCUGCGGCCGCUACGUCGGUCUGGUCGGCUCGUCCCGCAAGGGCGGUGGUCUGAUCAACGUCUUGGACGCCGGCACAGCGCAAUGGAUUGCCCAGGUGCGGGUGGACGGCCGCGGCGGAGUCGCCGAUUUCGCCUGGUGGGGCGACGGCGAGGGUAUGACGGUGGCCAGCAAGAACGGUGAGGUCUCGGAAUGGGACGGCCGCCUGAACCGGGUGGUCGCUCGCUGGAUGGACGCAGGUGCCGUUGGCACGACGGUGCUCAGUCUGGGUGGCCGGUCCGGCCGCACCCAACUGGGUGGUGACCGCUGGGUAGCCAUCGGCAGUUCCAGCGGCGUGGUCAACGUCUACGACCGUCGCGAAUGGGCGGCAGCCUACGCCACGGACCCCGAGCAGGCCAUCCCGCGCAACCCGGAGCCAGUCCGGGCGCUGGACCAGCUCACCACGCCUAUCAGCCAUGUGGUAUUCUCUCCGGACGGACAGUUCUUCGUGAUGGCGAGUCGCUGGAAGCGUGAUGCAUUGAGAAUGGUUCACCUCCCCACCUGCACCGUCUACCGCAACUGGCCGACCUCCAACACGCCCCUGGGCCGCAUUUCCUCCGUGGCCAUCUCGCCCAACUCGGAGUACUUGUCGGUGGGCAAUGAACAGGGACGUAUCCGACUGUGGGAGAUCCGGGGGUGAUGAAGUGGUAGAUCCAUGCAUACAUACGGAGUACAUAUUACAUAUAUUAUAAAAGUUCAUAUUCGUGAUAGACAUGCCUACUCCUACUAACUCCGGAGUACUUACAGCACAUGUCAAAGCUACUACCGCCACGGAGGCCAAAGAGGAUACAUAUCCCUUCUAGCUACUGGUGGAGGGGGUGUAAGGAUGUCCCAACAGCAUAU